AUGGGUGAAUGGGGCUUCCUCGGUGGACUCUUUGACAGCCUCCAGGCGCACUCGACGAUGCUCGGUCGUUUCUGGCUCUUGCUCAUGCUCGUCUUUAGGAUACUGAUCCUGGGAACUGUCGCUAGUGACCUGUUUGAUGAUGAGCAAGAGGAGUUCGCCUGCAACACCCUCCAGCCGGGCUGCAAACAGGUGUGCUACGACAUGGCCUUCCCCAUCUCCCAGUACAGAUUCUGGGUGUUCCACAUCGUCCUCAUCGCCACACCUUCCCUGGUUUUCCUCAUGUAUGUCAUGCAUCACCACAACAAGAGUACCAGCCCCUCCAAAUCCAACAAAAUGAGCAGCGAGGACUACAGAGAAGAGCGCCAUUUAAGGAGGCUUUACAUUGUGAAUGUGGCCUUCCGCAUAUUGGCAGAAGUUGGCUUCCUAGUGGGCCAGUGGAUGCUGUACGGCUUCAAGGUGGAGGCCCAGUUCCCCUGCAGUCGCUUCCCUUGCCCCUACACGGUGGACUGCUUCACCUCCCGCCCUGCGGAAAAAACUGUCUUCCUCUGCUUUUACUUCGCUGUCGGGGUGUUAUCGGCAAUUUCCAGCAUUGCAGAGCUUUUCUACAGUUCCUUAAAGUGGUUCUGCUCCAGCCAGCCGCGGAGGCAGAGGAGGAAUCGGCCACGAACACAGAGGAGGCAAAUAUAUGAGCAGCAGGACAUUCAUGAUGUGAGGCGGCCUUGA